CGUGUGUGUGUGUGUGUGUGUGUGACAGAGUGAAGUUGAGCGCGCGCUCUGCGUAGUUUGCAGCUGAUCGGUGCGUCAGGACGCGCAGUCCGUCCGCCUCCAGCAUGUAGCAGCUCUCUGGACUCUCUGCUGUCCUUCUGACCCGUUAGCCGGUGACCGUCCGGAACCAUGGGGGGGGCUCUGGGCUGUCACCGCUCCAUCCCGCGGGACCCCGCAGACCUGAGCUGCGGGAAACGUAAAUUCAGCGCAGCCUGCAACUUCAGCAACAUCUCCGUGAACCACGAUCGGCUGAACAUCAACGCCGCCACCGAGGAGGAGCUGAUGACGCUGCCGGGGGUGAACCGGGCCGUGGCCCAGAACAUCGUGGAGUACCGGGACUGUAUCGGCGGCUUCAGGAAGGUGGAGGACCUGGCUCUGGUCAGCGGGAUCGGAGCCGCCAAGCUGGAGGCCAUCAAGCCGGAGAUCUGCGUCUCCUCCAGGAGCAGCUCCUCCCAGCAUUCACCCUCCUCGCUGCGCAGAGAGCCGGAGCAUCCGUCCGGUACCGGGAUCAACGUCAACACGGCCACCGCGGCGCAGCUGCGGAGCGUCCGCGGCCUGACGGAGAAGAUCGUCCGGAACAUCUUGGCCUACCGGGCGGAGCACGGCCCGUUCCGGAGCAUCGAGGACCUGGUGAAGGUCCAACACGUCAGCAGCUCCCUGUUGGACCGGAUCCGCUUCCAGGUGUACGUGGAGCGCUCCAGGACGCCGUCCACCAACACCCAGCAGAGCCCCACCUCCUUCAGCCUGCGGAGCGAGGAGCCGGACCUUCCUCCCGGCGGCCCGACGCACAUCGGCUCGGUUCGGCCCAGCGGGGAGCCGCCGCUCGCGCUGCGGGACGGGAAGCCGGUGGUGCGUCUGGCGACGUGGAGCCUGCAGAGCUGCUGCUGCGAGAAGGCCAACAACCCGGGGGUCCGGGAGGUGGUCUGCAUGACCCUGCUGGAGAACGACAUCAAGAUAUUGGCUGUGCAGGACCUGCUGGAGCGAGAGGCUCUGGAUAAGUUCUGCGUGGAGUUGAACCAGGGGAUUCUGGCCAGUGUCCGGAACUGGAAAUGGACCCGGGGCGUGUGGAAAAGCGUCGUGUCCGAGAGGCCCACCGGACGCUCCAGCAAGGGUUGGACCUUCUCCGGGUUCCUGUGGGACAGCUCGUCUGGGAUCGACCUGAAGGACGCCGUGGUUCUGGAUGGCCCGGUUACCAACGGCAACGGAAACCAGCCUCAGCUGUACCGGGCCUGCUUCUCACUGGGUUCCAUGGAGCUGGUGCUGGUGAACGUCCACAUGCCGAACGCAUCAAGCGGCGAGUCCAAAGAACCGGGUCAGCACCUCAGUUCCAGCAUCCAGGAAACGCUCAAAGGUGAGAAGGAGCUGGUGGUUCUGGGCGACUUCGGCGGUCCUCCUCAGAGCUCCGAGCUGGAUGUCCUGAGGAGGGAGAAGCUGCUGGCGCUGGUUCCAUCGGGUCGGUUCACCAACAUCAGCACCCGCUGCCCGCAGGGCUCCCAGUGUCUGGACAACAUCUGGAUCAGCCGCUCCCUGAAGAAGAUCUACUCAGGUCACUGCAUGGUGGUGCGGGAGGGCCUGACCAAUCCCUGGAUCCCUGAUAACUGGUCGUGGGGGGGCGUGGCCUCGGACCACUGCCCUGUGGUGGCCGAGUUCUACGCCGACCCGUCCUCCAAGGAGCUGAGCCGUCCGACCGUGGCGGUGGUGGACAGAGGGGAUGGGACGCCCAAACAUGAGCGGUGACGGCGGAGAGAUGAUGUCCUGGUGCAGCAGAGCUUCCUGAUCAAUGUGAAGAAGUCCUGAUCUGUCCUCCAACCUCUUUAAGCCAUAAAAAUGUUCAGCUGUAAAAAACCAAGAACUUGAAGAGAAGAUGUGCCAAACGUUUUCUAUGUGUAAAUAAAAUAAAGAGAGAUAAUUCUUAGAUCUUA